UCGUCAUCGUUUAUCAUUAUAAACAAAGUUCGUUUGUUUUCGUAGUCAAUCGCACAUACGGAUAAUCGCAGACGGUCAUAACGCACGAUUUUUCAAUUUCGUUUAAUUCGAAAGUUUCCCAAUCUUAGAAAAUAUGCGCGAGUGUCUUUCGGUUCACGUUGGUCAGGGGGGUGUACAAAUCGGCAAUGCAUGCUGGGAAUUGUACUGCCUGGAGCAUGGCAUUCAGCCCGAUGGUCAAAUGCCUUCUGACAAAACCGUCGGUGGCGGUGACGACAGUUUCAAUACAUUUUUCAGCGAAACUGGAGCUGGAAAACAUGUACCCAGAGCCGUUUUUAUGGACCUGGAACCAACUGUUGUCGAUGAAGUUCGAACCGGAACUUAUCGUCAGCUCUUUCAUCCCGAGCAGUUGAUAACCGGUAAAGAGGAUGCUGCGAAUAAUUAUGCUCGUGGUCAUUACACGGUAGGAAAAGAAAUAGCCGAUCUGGUACUGGAUCGUUUGCGCAAAUUGGCCGAUCAAUGUAGCGGUCUUCAGGGUUUUUUGAUAUUUCAUGCGUUCGGUGGUGGUACCGGUUCAGGAUUUACUUCGUUAUUGAUGGAGCGUCUUUCGGUCGAUUAUGGAAAAAAAUCAAAGCUCGAAUUCGCGAUAUAUCCAUCGCCACAGAUUUGUACUGCGAUUGUUGAGCCUUUCAACUCUUUGUUGACGACCCACACAACCCUGGAACAUUCGGACGCUGCUUUUAUGGUUGACAACGAAGCAAUUUACGACAUUUGUCGUCGCAAUCUCGACAUCGAAAGGCCAACCUAUACAAACCUCAAUAGACUCAUCGGACAAAUUGUUUCUUCGAUAACCGCGUCGUUAAGAUUCGACGGUGCUCUCAACGUCGAUCUCACCGAAUUUCAAACCAAUCUCGUCCCAUAUCCACGAAUUCAUUUCCCCCUUGCAACCUACGCUCCCGUUAUAUCGGCCGAAAAAGCUUAUCACGAACAACUAACCGUCGCCGAAUUGACCAACUCGUGCUUCGAGCCGGCUAAUCAAAUGGUCAAAUGUGAUCCACGCCACGGAAAAUAUAUGGCGUGUUGCAUGCUCUACAGAGGCGACGUCGUACCCAAAGACGUUAACGCAUCGAUCGCUACAAUAAAAACGAAACGAACUAUACAAUUCGUCGAUUGGUGUCCGACUGGAUUCAAGGUUGGUAUUAAUUAUCAGCCCCCCACGGUGGUGCCUGGCGGAGAUUUGGCAAAAGUACAACGUGCGAUUUGCAUGUUGGCGAACACAACAGCGAUAGCCGAAGCCUGGGCGAGAUUGAAUCACAAAUUUGACGUCAUGUAUUCGAAACGCGCUUUCGUUCACUGGUACGUUGGGGAGGGAAUGGAAGAAGGAGAAUUUUCGGAAGCCCGCGAGGACUUGGCUGCUUUGGAAAAAGACUACGAAGAAGUGGGUCUGGACUCGGUUGAGGGCGAGGGCGAGGCCGGUGAAGAGUACUGAGUCAACUUCUCGCGCCUCUUUUCUCCCUCUCCGCCGUUUGCUUGUGUUUAUUUUUUUCUUUAUUUUCCUGUCUGCGCCCGAAUAAAGUGGGAUUUAAAUGAGAUGACAAUUCGAGAGCUCACGAUUAAAUUAGUAAUUGGUAGAGAGCGCAUUAUACCGAUCCAGUGAAAGGAGUUUUUUAAACUAUUUUUCUCACAGUCUGCCGUUCGAAAUUCUUCAGAAAAAACUUGAAACACGCUCAACAUUUUCAUCCCUUUUUUACGGAAGGAAAAAUCACACUUUUUUCACUGAUUCUCGAGCCUGGCGCCUCUUGGGCUUUGUCAAUAAUUUUGCCCAUUUCUCUUAUUCGGGUCAAGUGACUUUGACGGAUGUUGAAAAUAUUUCUCAACGAUAUCCAAUAUUGGACUCGAAUUAUCGAUUUUUCUUAUGAAUUCCUUCGCUUUCGUGUCCUGGUUAAAAUAAUAUUAAAAAAUCAUUCAAAAAUCACAUAAGGAGAUAGAAUAAUGGACUUGUGAUUUAUCAUGUUCAACUUGAAUAAAAAUCUUUAUUUAGAAGACACGAUUGUCGAAGACACUUGCACGCGAUCCUUAGGAUCACCCUUUCAUUUAUUUAUAUAUUCGUCGUAUUCUAUUGUGUAUGUGUAAUAAAAAAGUGAAAAAAACCACGGUUUUGUCACGAGUGAUAAUGGGAAGCAUUAUUUAAAAUUGCACGGAAUUAUAAUAAAACAAUGAUUAACGUUCAGCGUACGGCAGUAAAUACAAUUGCUCGAAAUACCUUUAAACUUGUUUCGUUGCAAGAAAAUACAAAAUAUUUAGCAUGGAGCUCAUCCGAAAUCUUUAAGAAGUCAUGUCAACAGUGCAUUAAACAAAGAAUCGACACAAAAGGAUUUUGAUUAAUUGAAU